CUUGGAGUUGUUUUGGUACUGUUCUCGUAAGUAAUGACAUGCCUGAACAGUAGGUAAGAGAUACAAUGUAGAAGUCUGCUCAGUUGACAGCCAGGAGAGAACUAUAUAUGCGAGGAUGAUACUGCUAGAGAUCUGCAUUCGAACUUCGGCCAUUUCGGACCCCUCGGAUUCAAAUCGGACAUGCCUUGACCUGAGCCCACCACUGUCAGGAAGACUCCACAGCUCUCGGCCGAGAGAGACUUCUCUGAAUGUUGCCACACCCAACCCCUUAGCUACGCCGAAAACAAUUAUACGAAUGCUCUGAAUAAGUAUCUUCAACCUCCUGAUCUUCCGCUCACACUCAACCAUCUCCAAAUUUCACAUUCUCCACUUCGCUAAAAUCAUGUCCUCCCCUCGUAGAAUCCGGUCUCUUUUUACGCUACCUAAUAUUCCAAUGACUAAAGGCCCAUCCCAAACUUCAUUUUUCCAGACAACUUGCCGCACAUACGCAUCAAGCUCCCAAGACGCCACCCAAAAUCUCCCGCCCGCCGCACGAACCCCACCCAAGAAGAAGAUCGUGGUAGCCAUGACCGGCGCAACCGGCGCCAUCCUCGGCAUCAAACUGCUCAAAGCCCUGCGGCGGUUAUCGGUCGAAACGCAUCUAGUGAUGAGCAAGUGGGCCGAAGCGACGAUCAAAUACGAAACCGACUUCCAGCCCCUCGACAUCCGCUCGCUCGCGGACCACUGCUACGGCGUGCGGGAGCAGUCGGCGCCGAUCUCAAGCGGCUCGUUUCGCGCAGACGGCAUGAUCGUUGUGCCUUGCAGCAUGAAGACGCUUGCGUCGAUCAGGAUGGGGUAUUCGGAUGAUUUGAUUUCGCGCGCGGCGGAUGUGAUGUUGAAGGAGCGGCGGAAGUUGGUACUCGCGGUGAGAGAGACGCCCCUGAGCGAUAUUCAUUUGGAAAAUAUGUUGAGUUUGACGAGGAGCGGUGCGGUUAUCUUUCCUCCCGUCCCGGCUUGGUAUACGAGACCGAGGGAUAUAGGGGAGAUGGAGGAUCAAAGUGUUGGGAGGAUGCUGGAUAUGUUUCAGUUGGAUACGGGGGACUUUGAGCGAUGGGAAGGGUUUAAGUGGAAAAAGUAGUGGUAGGUGCUAUGUAUCAAGUCUUUGGCUACUUUUACCAGCCCAAAUGGAUUCGUCGUAUUUGGGCUAUUCGCCAUAAUUAACUUACAGACGCUUGCAAGAUCAAGUU